AAAGUUAUAGUAAAUCAAAAUUAAAAUUGUACUAUAUGAUUUCAAACUAAUUAAGUUAAUAACCGGUACAUUGUAUCAAAUUUAGCGACAGUAUCUAUUACUCUCAUAUUUGUUUCAUAAUCACUGCUCACGGCAAAUGGACAAAGAGAUCGAGCGUGUGGAAUGUGGAUAUAAACGAUCAUCGACGACAACAACAAAAACAUAUAUUAAAAAAACUCUUAUUUUAUUUCAUUCAAAAUAAAUAGAAAAGAAGUACAAAAAAUGAAAAAUAAAAGCCAAAAAAAGAUAGACAAGAAGACUUGGAACUAUAUAAAUAUAUGGACCACCCUCACGCAGUACAUCACAACUCAAUUUUAAUAAGUAAAAAGGCAAUGGAAGAGUCACGAUCAUCCCACAGAAAGGAGAGGAAUAGGAUGCAGACGAAGAAGAAAACGGGUCGUGGGUCAGGAUCCGGGUCGAUCCAGAUAAAGAUGAGGAAGCUCCGAGUGCUGAUACCGGGUGGGCGAAGAUUGAACCAACCGGAUCUUCUUCUAUCAAAGACUGCUGAUUAUAUUAUGCAUUUGGAGUUGAGGAUUAGGUUUCUCAAAGCCCUCUCCAAUAUGUACUCACUCUCUUAAAAUCGAUUCUUGUUUUGUUUGAUUAUUUUUUUGGAUUCUUAAUCUUCUUUUCUUCUGGUUAUUCUAAACCAAUUGAUAUCUUUUUUCAUCUCAAACUGUACGUAGAAGAUUUACUUUGUAUGGAGUUUUUCUCUUAUUAUGAUUUUAGUGGUAAAGAAGUGACAAAAAAAAAAGAAAAAAAAGAUUUAGUGGUAAAGUUUGUUAGCUGGGCCUCAAUUAGCAAAGAUGGUCGUAUUUGGGCCCUUAUAGCCCAUGAAAUGUUUACAUAGAUUCUCUUAAAGUGGUGAUGACAGGCUUUUUCUCUUUAUUUUACCGAUUCCAAAUUCCAAUAACUUUUUAAAACCAUUAGUCGACAUUUACCACGUGAUUAAUGGUUACCUCCAAAUUCAAAAACAAAAAAAGUACUACUCCAUUUUUUUACUAUUUUUUUUUUGUUGCUUCAGUUUGUUUUCAUACGAGAGUCCCUAGAUAUUGAAAAUAUACUG